AUGCAUAUCCGGGAGAAGCUGGCCAAGAAUGAGGCAGAGGGAAAGACGGGCAUAUCCUUCGAAUUCUUCCCUCCUAAGACCGCCCAGGGUGUGCAGAACCUUUACGACCGGAUGGACCGCAUGCAUGGUUUAGGUCCCUCCUUCAUCGACAUCACCUGGGGUGCCGGCGGUCGCUUAUCGGAUCUGACUUGCGAGAUGGUCAAUGUGGCACAAUCGGUUUAUGGUCUGGAGACAUGCAUGCACUUGACUUGCACGGAUAUGCCGAUAGAAAAGGUCGACCAAGCACUCCAGGCUGCUUACAAGGCAGGCUGCACCAAUAUUUUGGCUCUUCGAGGAGACCCACCCCGUGACAAGGAAGUCUGGGAGGCCGCCGAUAACGGCUUCCGCUACGCUAAGGAUUUGGUCAGAUACAUCCGGGAGAAAUAUGGCAACCACUUCGACAUUGGCGUCGGCGGCUACCCCGAGGGAGCUGAUGACAACGCUGACGUCGAGCAAUUGAUCGAUCACUUGAAGGAAAAAGUGGAUGCUGGCAGUACCUUCGUGGUUACCCAGAUGUUCUACGAUGUGAAGAACUUCAUCGAUUGGGUUAAGAGGUGCCGAGCCAAGGGCAUCAAUGUGCCCAUCAUCCCCGGUAUCAUGCCUAUUCAGACCUAUGCCGCUUUCAUCCGUCGAUCAAAUUGGACCAAGAUCCGCGUUCCCCCAGAGUGGAUGGAAGCCCUUGAGCCCGUCAAGAACGAUGACUCUGCUGUUCGAGAGAUUGGAAAGAGCCUCAUCGCUGAGAUGUGCAGGCAGCUGAUGGCCACUGGUAUCAACCACUUACACUUCUAUACCAUGAACUUGGCCCAAGCCACCAAAGCGGUUCUGGAUGAGCUCGGUCUUUGCCCGUCGGACGAAUCUCCUAUCCAACGUGCGCUGCCAUGGCGGCCUUCCCUUGCCCUUAACCGUCGGGGCGAAGAUGUGCGUCCGGUAUUCUGGCGCAACCGAAACUCCUCAUACGUUGCUCGCACACAAACAUGGGACGAGUUCCCCAACGGUCGCUGGACGGAUUCUCGUUCGCCCGCGUUCGGUGAGCUCGACGCGUACGGUGUCGGACUCAAGGGCACUAACGAGCAAAACAUCAAAUUAUGGGGCGAGCCUAAGUCAAUCAAGGACUUGUCGGAUAUCUUCGUCAGUUUCUUGAAGGGCAAGCUUGACAGACUGCCAUGGAGUGACUCACCAAUCACCACGGAAGCCAAGGACAUUCAGGACAACUUGCUUGACCUGAACCAGCGCGGAUUCCUGACAAUCAACUCUCAGCCCGCUGUCGACGGAAUCAAGUCCUCCCACUCUGUCUACGGUUGGGGUCCUAAGAACGGUUUCGUAUACCAGAAAGCCUACCUGGAGCUCCUGGUCCCCUCAUACUUGAUCGGCGAGCUCAUCGCUCGCAUCGAAAAGAACGAUGACUUGACCUACCAUGCCACCAACAAGAAGGGCGAGCUCAAGACGAACACACGCGACAGUCCCAAUGCUUUGACGUGGGGUAUCUUCGCGGGACGAGAGAUCAUCCAACCCACCAUUGUCGAGACUGUCAGCUUCUUGGCCUGGAAGGACGAGGCGUACCUUCUGGGAGAACACUGGUCCAAGUGCUACAACGCAGCUAGCCCCAGUCGCAAGCUGAUCCAGAAUGUGAUGGAAGAUUGGUACCUUGUCAACAUCGUUGACAACGACUUCCACCGCUCCAAUGCCGUUUUCGAACUAUUCAAUGACUUGGAAGUGAAGGAUCUCAACGUCGAGGUUGAGGUUCCCGCAAAGCCUGAAACCAAUGGCACCGCCGAACCCAAUGGAGUUGCCGCCAACUGA